UUGGUUGUUGGCUUUCUUUGUCUUCGCCCUCGAGUUAGAGAGAGCUCCCAGUUUCCCAAAACUCCCCAAUUCCUCAUCACCGCUCCAGUUUUCACCAAAAAACAGAGCCCAGAACCCAACCCGAACCCAAACCCAGGCAUUUCCCCCCUUCGUGCAUUUUUCUGGAAGUCUAUCUGUACCCUUUGUGCUCUCUCUCUCUCUCUCUCCCCUCUUCAUUUACCGAGGCGAGAAUGUCGAUUAGGUUUUUCUUCGUCCUCGCGCUGCUUGUAUUUUCCUCCUCUUUCCUCCAAGUUGUUAGGGGUGAACCGGACCCAGAUGCUGAAAUAGUUGAAGGUUCUGAGGAAGUGAGUGAUCUUGGUAUCGUCGGUGAUGAUGUCCAAGAUAUUGGUGGUGGGAGUUUUGGUCCAGCUCCUGGGGUGGAGACUAUCUGUGUUUUCCCGAAGAAUCCUUCUAAAUUGGUUACUGCGGGUGAAGAAGGUGAACUAUUAGUUGGUGUUAAGAAUGAUGGAGAAUCAAGUCUGAAUAUCAUUGCAAUCCAUGCUAGUGUUCAUCUUCCAUAUGAUCAUAAGUAUCUGAUUCAGAAUAUCUCUAGUCAGGCUUUUACCAAUGCCUCUGUCCCUCCUGCUGCUCAAGCCACAUUCCCAUACAUAUUCGCCGUCAGCAAAUUUUUGCAGCCUGGAGCAUUUGAUCUUGUGGGCACAAUUGUCUAUGAAAUAGAUCAACAUCCCUAUCAAAGUACCUUCUACAAUGGUACUAUUGAAGUAACUGAGGCUAGUGGUCCUCUGAGCGUGGAAUCUGUUUUCUUAGUUUCUCUUGCAAUUGCUUUUGUUGGCUUUGCAGUAUUUUGGAUACGGAAUCAGAUACAACAUUGGUCAAAGAAAAGCAAGAGGGCGCCAAAGGUGGAGGUUGGAACUGGUACAACUGAUGCCUCUAUGGAUGAGUGGCUGGAGGGAACUGCUUAUAGUCAGUCUCAAUCCAGCAAAUUAAAGAAGAAGAAGUAGAUAAACCUUGCUGAGGUCACUUGCCCUUCAGGAGAGUUUUGACAAGGCCAUAGUUCUUGUAACACAGCUUAGGCAUCUUUGAUAGUGAAGGAGCCCCAGAAGGUGGAAUGUUCUUUUGGAAUUAAACUUGAGAACGACUUAUUGCCUCACUGUUGUAGGAGGAGGAAGAAAACUCAUUUUGUUAAAUUAAGAGAUUUUGAAAGUUGAGCCUUUCUUAAUGCCAAAUUAGUUGAGAAUUGAUCAGGUAAAAAGACAAAAACAAUUUUGUGAAACACGGAUUUUUCCUUAAAAAGGUAUGUUCAUGUUCAUCUUGCUGUU